AUGACAAGCCUGAUUCACACCCAUAUUGCGGUCAUAUCGGUUGCUUUGCAUCUAUUCAUACUCUCCUUAAGUCUCACUUCUAGUUUUAUUGCUUCAUUUUCUUCUUCCAAUCGUCUGUUGUCUUACCCAUCCGCUCGUCGCACAUGUUUUCGCCGGUCGGCAUCUGCACUUAAUAAUGACGGUGGCACUAAGAUAUUGGCUGGUGUAGAGGCCCAUAUUCAGUUGGCACUUCCACAGAAGAUUUUCUGUAAUUGUACCAGCACUGCGUCGUUCUCUGAUGGAUCGGUGUCCACUCAUGACCAGGAAGAUGCGGCAUCGUUUGCAUCAGCCACUCUCUCCAGGUCGCAGGAACUGUAUCGGCGGCUUGGUGGCAUCAUAGAGGCUAUAUUAGGCGGGAAUAACACAACUAGCAGGGUAGGAGAUGAUAGUUACGUGAAUAAGCACGUUUCAUUGCCUUUCAAUGAAUAUGUUUCACUGUACAAUACUCUACACGCCAAGCGCGCCGUUGAUGGUACGGAGGACAGUCGAGACAUGGAGCUUAAAGUGGAUGCAUUCCGCCGUUUGAACGAGUUUACAUGCCCAGUUUGCAAGGGAGAGGUUGGAAGCCUCCCUUUGUUAUCGCCUUUAGCUGUCUUAUACGGUCUCUCUGCGUGCCAUACGUUCUCUUGUACACCUAGCAGUUCGCUAUCUUUUGAUCGCAAGGUCUACUCUUACCCUGAUUUGCCUAAGCGUUACCAAUUGACUCAGGUUCGCAACCCAAUCGGCACGAAUGGCCGCAUCUUGUUGAAUAGCGGCCGCGAAAUUAUUAUACAACGAGUUAAUUUGGAAGAGGAUACCGCACGUACGUUGUCUGAGACUGGGCAACCACUUUCGCUUGAUUAUAACCGCAGCGGUAUCGGUUUGGUUGAGGUAGUUACUGAAGCGUCUGAAAUGACCGUUGACGAACUGGUUGAGUGUUGUUCAAAGAUUUAUCAGUUGGCUGUUGGCAGCGGUUUGUGCAAGGGUCGUAUGCACGAGGGCAAUGUGCGCUUUGAUGUCAAUAUUUCUGCCCCCUUAAUGGGUUCCAAACGUAUUGAGCUGAAGAACUUGAAUUCAUUUCGCCGUAUUCGGCGCGCAGUGUCGUUGUGCCUGUCGUCGGAGUCCUGGGGAGAGGAUCAGACUGCUUAUGUAGAAGGAUGUAACAGCACAGCAACGCGUUUGGACGCUAUUCCUAACGCAUGGGUGGAUCUUCUACGUCGCGUACCUGUGGGAACUUGCGUUGCCCCUGCGACAGUUCCCGUUGGUUCCACCCUGAAGUGGAGUAGCGAACAGAAUACUGUGGGAUAUCAGCGCGAGAAGUUCUCUGGAGACUCUUACCUCAACAUCGUGGAUUCAAACAUUCCAAAGAUCACGUUGAAUGAUGUUUUAUUUUCUAAAAUCAUCUCUAGCGCGUUGUCCGAUGACCGGCCAAGUUUGGAAUAUUUGCACGCCUCGUACCCUACGGUACCACUCGAUUUGCUGUCUGUGAUACAUAAGAGCAGUGCACGUAUCGAGCUCUUCGUACACCUAUGCAGCUCGGUCGGCGACGCUGUUAUUGUGGCAAAAUGGCUCGUGAAUUAUAUUGUGCCUUCCGUUAACAUAAACUGCAUCGACGUCGACCAACUGUCUGAGUUGCUGAAUAUCGUAUCUUCUAAGGGUCUGAAUGUGGAUACUGCGCGGCGAAUAAUGCCGGAUUUCUUGUCCAGCGGUAUGCGUUUGGACGAGUACAUGCGUUGCCACGGGUUGGGACUGCUAGAUGAGACUGCAACGCGGAAAUUUGUUGAGGAUUACCUGGAUAAGCAGAAUCUCAAAGACGUAAUCGAGAUGAGUGCAUCUUCCAUCACACGUCUGGUGCGUGAUAUUGUUGCUGCUUCUGGUCAUCGUCUGAGCUACCAAAGGGUACGCGAUCAUUUGGUCUCCCCGUUAGGCUCAGGUUAA